CUCUGACCUCUUUCUCCCCUCUCUCUCCAGAUGAAAUCUCGCGUCUUGUGACGGCCGGCCACCCAACAACCUGUCCGCUCGACCCUAUCCCCUCCUCUCUUCUCCAGACCAUUUCCGGAGACCUUCUCCCUUACCUCACCUCGCUCAUUAACUCAUCCCUGACCGCUGGCUACGUCCCUUCCGUCUUCAAGAGAGCGAGAGUUGCACCCCUUCUGAAAAAACCUACACUCGAUCCCUCCGAUGUCAACAACUACAGACCAGUAUCCCUUCUUUCUUUUCUCUCCAAAACUCUUGAACGUGCCGUCCUUGGCCAGCUCUCCCGCUAUCUCUCUCAGAAUGACCUUCUUGAUCCAAAUCAGUCAGGUUUCAGGACUAGUCAUUCAACUGAGACUGCUCUUCUCUGUAUCACGGAGGCGCUCCGCACUGCUAAAGCUAACUCUCUCUCCUCUGCUCUCAUCCUUCUAGACCUAUCGGCUGCCUUCGAUACUGUGAACCAUCAGAUCCUCCUCUCCACCCUCUCCGAGUUGGGCAUCUCCGGCUUGGCCCACGCUUGGAUUGCCUCCUACCUGACAGGUCGCUCCUACCAGGUGGCGUGGCGAGAAUCUGUCUCCUCACCACGCGCUCUCACCACUGGUGUCCCCCAGGGCUCUGUUCUAGGCCCUCUCCUAUUCUCGCUAUACACCAAGUCACUUGGCUCUGUCAUAACCUCACAUGGUCUCUCCUAUCAUUGCUAUGCAGACGACACACAAUUAAUCUACUCCUUUCCCCCUUCUGAUGACCAGGUGGCGAAUCGCAUCUCUGCAUGUCUGGCAGACAUAUCAGUGUGGAUGACGGAUCACCACCUCAAGCUGAACCUCAGCAAGACGGAGCUCCUCUUCCUCCCGGGGAAGGACUGCCCGUUCCAUGAUCUCGCCAUCACGGUUGACAACUCCAUUGUGUCCUCCUCCCAGAGCGCUAAGAACCUUGGCGUGAUCCUGGACAACACCCUGUCGUUCUCAACUAACAUCAAGGCGGUGUCCCGUUCCUGUAGGUUCAUGCUCUACAACAUCCGCAGAGUACGACCCUGCCUCACACAGGAAGCGGCGCAGGUCCUAAUCCAGGCACUUGUCAUCUCCCGUCUUGAUUACUGCAACUCGCUGUUGGCUGGGCUCCCUGCCUGUGCCAUUAAACCCCUACAACUCAUCCAGAACGCCGCAGCCCGUCUGGUGUUCAACCUUCCCAAGUUCUCUCACGUCACCCCGCUCCUCCGCUCUCUCCACUGGCUUCCAGUUGAAGCUCGCAUCCGCUACAAGACCAUGGUGCUUGCCUACGGAGCUGUGAGGGGAACGGCACCUCAGUACCUCCAGGCUCUGAUCAGGCCCUACACCCAAACAAGGGCACUGCGUUCAUCCACCUCUGGCCUGCUCGCCUCCCUACCACUGAGGAAGUACAGUUCCCGCUCAGCCCAGUCAAAACUGUUCGCUGCUCUGGCCCCCCAAUGGUGGAACAAACUCCCUCACGACGCCAGGACAGCGGAGUCAAUCACCACCUUCCGGAGACACCUGAAACCCCACCUCUUCAAGGAAUACCUAGGAUAGGGUAAGUAAUCCUUCUCACCCCCCACCCUAAAAAGAUUUAGAUGCACUAUUGUAAAGUGGCUGUUCCACUGGAUGUCAUAAGGUGUAUGCACCAAUUUGUAAGUCGCUCUGGAUAAGAGCGUCUGCUAAAUGACUUAAAUGUAAUGUAAAUGUAAAUCACUUACAGUUUCACCAGCAAAGCACCCCCACACCAUCACACCUCCUCCUCCAUGCUUCACAGUGGGAACCACACAUGCGAAGAUCAUCCGUUCACCUACUCUGCGUCUCACAAAGGCAGUUGGAACCAAAAAAUGACAAAUUUGGACUCAUCAGACCAAAGUACAGAAUUCCAAUGGUCUAAUGUCCAUUGCUCGUGUUUCUUGGCCCAAGCAAGUCUCUUCUUAUUAUUGGUGUCCUUAAUUAAGUAGUGAUUUCUAUGCACCAAUUCGACCAUGAAGGCCUGAUAUACACCGUCUCCUC